AUGGGGAAGGGUCGGAACAAGAACAAAGAAGGAGAUGGCGGCUUUGCCCCAAAUCAUGCCAACAAGCGAAAAGACAAAAAUGAGGAUUACGAUUCGGACAGUGGUGAAUCAAUGUCCACCCACAUAACCUUUGACGAGGAUCUGCAAAGUGUUAGAGGUGACAUCGAUGGGGAUGAAGACACAUUGAUUGACUCGCUCAGCGAACAUAUUGAUAAUGCCAGCCACAAGAACGUUGGUAUUCGUACAGCUGCGCUGAAGCAUUUGCUUUUUGGCCUGACUUCUCGAUAUUUGAGUGAAUUCGUCGCAAAGUGGCAAGCCACACUGGCGGAGGUGGGGAACAAGGCGAUACGCAAGUCGGAUGAGGAGAUUCUGCUCGGAGCGUCAUUAACCGCGUUGAUUACACUUCAAGCAGGCGACGAGGUUGCUGAGGAUAUCUCCGAUUCAUUGGGUCAACUGCGCUUCAUCGUCACUGACCCGGCAAAGAAUGAUGCAAUCCGGGCCCAUUGCGCGUUGUGCUUGGCGCUGGCAACGUAUUUUGGCACGGAUAGUGAUGAAUUGACGGCACUUGCCCUAAAGGCGCUCCGACAAACCUGGACCGCCACAAAAUCGACGGCCGUCAGUUGGCGACUCUUCGAUAUUUCACUGGCCAGCUGGGCGUUGCUCUUACAGGAUGGCCCCACGGAUGCCCUUACUUCCGCGAUUCAGGAUCAGCCGAAGAUUGUCGGCUAUCUCGAGGCGAACUGCACAGAAAUCAGGAUUGCUGCCGGUGAAGUUCUGGCGUUUUUGUACGAGUAUGUCGAUGAUGCAAAGCCGGGCUUCCGAUUCCCGAAUCACAAUCAUGUACAAGAGAUCCUGGAGACAUUGUUGGCCGACAGCUCCAAGUCUAAGGCAAAACGCGACAAGAGGAUACAGAAAUUCAGUCUUCGCACCCAGGAAAGCCUGGAACUUGAUUCUUGCGCGAAGAAGCUGCUCUAUGACCUAUGCACUGAUCUUCUUCGCGGCGGGAUGAUGCAGCAGCUGAAAGAAAACGGACUCUUGAGAGACUACUUUUCGCUCGGUGCCCCCGUGCAAGCCUCCGGAUUUGAAGACAAAAUUUCAAAGGCCGAACGGUUAGGCGUCCACGGUGCCGCCGCCAAAUACCGACACCAAGUGCGGUCGAAACAACGCGACAAACGGACGGCCUAC